AUGGCGUGGAAUCCAGACCCAGCCCGUCUGAUGGUCCAGAAUGCCUCGCAUCGACCAUCACAGUCGAUCGAUGGCGAUACAUUGCGUCCGCGGGCGGACUCGUUCGCUUCUUCUGCAGAUACUAUGGUUCGCUCCCGGGCGAACUCCGAAGUAGACCCGGCCCAUACUUCCAAAGAUGUAUACGACGAUGUUUCGCUGGCGGAUGCGUUGAAACCAGAUCCCCGGAAUGAAACCGAUUUCCAAGUGGAGGGUAAUCGGUUCGCGUUUUCCCCCGGUCAACUAAACAAAAUGCAGAACCCGAAGUCUUUGGCUGCAUUCCAUGCUCUGGGUGGAUUGCAAGGUCUGGAGCGCGGUCUGCGCACAGAUCUAAAUGCUGGUUUGUCCAUAGAUGAAGGGUGUCUGGAGGGCAAAGUCGAGUUCCAGGAUGUGACAUCUUCGGCACAACACACAUCUACGGGAAAAUCCCCAUCAAGCCUUGUCACUUCGGCGCCGGUGUCGUCUGGCAAUGGCUCACCCUUCGAAGACCGCAUUCGUGUCUUCAGUCGGAAUAAACUACCCGCUCGGAAAUCGACCGGGUUCCUAAAACUAUUCUGGGCUGCUUAUAACGACAAAAUUAUUAUAUUAUUGACUGUCGCCGCCGUGAUCUCACUAUCCCUGGGGAUAUACGAGACCGUGUCAGAAGGCUCAGGCGUCGACUGGGUGGAAGGUGUCGCCAUUUGCGUGGCAAUUUUGAUUGUCACAGUGGUCACAGCUGCGAACGAUUGGCAAAAAGAGAGACAAUUUGCCAAACUCAACAAAAGGAACGAUGACCGUGAAGUCAAAGUAACCCGCUCAGGCAAAACCGACAUGGUUUCAAUCUACGAUAUUAUGGUCGGCGACAUCCUCCAUCUCGAGGCAGGCGAUUCCAUCCCCGCGGAUGGCAUUCUAGUUUCAGGCUACGGCGUGAAGUGCGAUGAGUCUUCCGCCACCGGCGAGUCGGAUCAAAUGAAAAAGACACCCGGCCAUGAAGUCUGGCAGCAAAUCGUCGACGGCAAAGCAACCAAGAAACUCGACCCGUUCCUGAUCUCCGGUAGCAAGGUCCUCGAAGGUGUGGGAACUUAUGUUGUCACUAGUGUUGGGCCUUAUUCUACAUACGGACGGAUCUUGCUGUCUCUGCAAACUCCUAAUGACCCAACGCCGCUUCAGGUCAAGUUGGGUAAGCUGGCGGAUUGGAUUGGAUAUCUGGGCACAGCAGCUGCUGGUAUUCUAUUCUUUGUUCUGCUCUUCCGAUUUGUAGCCAACCUUCCUAAUCACCCGGAAAAGUCCGGUGCUAUGAAAGGCAAAGAGUUUGUGGAUAUUCUUAUUGUUGCUGUCACGGUUAUUGUUGUCGCUAUUCCAGAGGGUCUUCCAUUGGCCGUAACGCUGGCUUUGGCCUUUGCUACAACCCGGAUGGUUAAGGAGAACAACCUGGUCCGUGUCCUUCGCGCAUGCGAGACAAUGGGAAAUGCCACAGUCAUCUGCUCUGAUAAAACUGGUACAUUGACACAGAACAAAAUGACUGUUGUGGCCGGAACCUGGGGCUCGGAUCAGGACUUCAGCCAGAGAACUGAAGACGAAGAUCUGGAGGGUUCAAUGACUACUUCCGAGUCUUCCCAGAAAUUAUCAGCCCCCAUCAAAGAUUUGAUCAUCAAGAGCAUCGCUUUGAACUCGACUGCCUUUGAACAGGAAAAGGACGGCUCCAUUGAUUUUGUUGGUAGCAAGACUGAGGUUGCGAUGCUUCAGUUGGCCCGCGAUUAUAUGGGCAUGGAUCUCGUCACGGAGCGUGGCUCCGCUGAGAUUGUCCAACUGAUUCCUUUCGACUCCGCCAGGAAGUGCAUGGGUGUUGUUUACCGUGUUCCUGGUGUUGGCUACCGACUGCUUGUCAAGGGAGCGUCCGAGUUGAUGGUCGGCGUCUGUACCAUGGAAAUUGUCAACAUUGAUAUGUCCAAAGAGAGACCCGAUGUGGAGCAUAUUUCUGAGGCACAGAAGAAGAACCUCCUGGAGAUUAUUGACAAUUACGCUCACAAGUCUCUUCGGACGAUUGGCAUGGUCUACAAGGAUUUCACAACCUGGCCCCCGACGGAAGCUAAACAUUCUGAAGAUGCUUCGGCGAACUUUGACGAUUUCUUCCAUGAUAUGACCUGGGUCGGAGUUGUGGGUAUCCAAGACCCUCUUCGCCCUGAAGUCCCGUCAGCCAUCCGCAAGUGCCACUCGGCAGGCGUCCAGGUCAAGAUGGUGACUGGUGACAACGUUGCCACUGCCACCGCUAUUGCAACAUCUUGUGGAAUCAAGACGGAAGAUGGAUUGGUCAUGGAAGGUCCUAAGUUCCGCCAACUCACCAACGCGGAGAUGGAUGAAGUGGUUCCGCGCCUACAAGUCCUGGCACGAUCAUCUCCCGAUGACAAGCGGAUCUUGGUCGAACGGCUUAAGGCCCUCGGUGAAACGGUCGCUGUCACAGGUGAUGGUACAAAUGACGGUCCGGCUUUGCGGACUGCAGAUGUCGGCUUCUCCAUGGGUAUUGCUGGUACUGAGGUCGCUAAGGAGGCGAGUUCGAUUAUUCUCCUGGAUGACAAUUUCAAGUCCAUUAUCACGGCGAUCUCUUGGGGACGAGCUGUCAAUGAUGCCGUUGCCAAGUUUUUGCAAUUCCAGGUCACAGUCAAUAUCACGGCCGUGAUACUCACCUUUGUGUCAUCUGUGUACAGCAGUGAUAACACCAGUGUUUUGACUGCUGUGCAGCUGCUCUGGGUGAACCUGAUUAUGGACACCUUUGCCGCUCUUGCCUUAGCUACGGAUGCCCCGACUGAAAAAAUUCUCGAUCGCAAGCCUGUCCCCAAACACGCCUCCCUCUUCACCUUGACCAUGUGGAAGAUGAUCCUCGGCCAAGCAGUGUACCAGCUAGCCAUCACAUUCAUGCUGUAUUUCGCAGGCGACAAGCUCCUCGGUGCCCAUCUCAGCUCCGAACCCGAGUUGCGCACAAAGCAGCUCGCCACCGUCGUGUUCAACACGUUCGUGUGGAUGCAGAUCUUCAACGAAUUCAACAACCGCCGUCUCGACAACAAGUUCAAUAUCUUCGAAGGCAUGUUCCGCAACUACUGGUUCCUAGGAAUCAACGCCAUCAUGAUUGGCGGUCAGGUCAUGAUCGUCUACGUUGGCGGCCAGGCAUUCAACGUGACCCGCUUGAGCGGCACCCUCUGGGGUGUGUGUAUUAUCUGUGCUCUUGCGUGCUUGCCCUGGGCUAUUGUGCUCCGACUUAUCCCAGACUACCACUUCGGGCUUGUCUUUAAUGCCGCCGUUGGUGGCUUGUCUUUUGUUUUGCGCCCGUUUUCUAAAGGGUUCAAGGUAAUUGGUCGUGGUAUCAGGUCCUUAUUUAGGCCUGUGAAGCGUUUCACUCGCCGUGUCAUAAACAAGGGGAAGUCAGACGACGAAGUCCAGUUGAACCCACAGCCCACAGAGUCUGUUGAUCCCGAACAAGAUCCUGAGAGUCUUGAAUCGAGCAAGCCAAAGCUCUCUCCUGAGCCUCCUAGCACACCUCCUCAUGUCGUGGUCCCCCCUAUCACAAUUACGACCUCUCCUUAG